CGCUUAUUUAUCAAGUAACGUUCUUAAAACCUGUGAUAACAGGUGUUACCUACCAUUGCACUUAAUCUUCUCGAAAAACUGUGGAGAAAAGCAUUACAAAACAACAAUAAGAGGAAGGACUGUACCACUGGCGAAUUCUUUAGUAACGGCAAUUUACUCUGGGCACGAAACACAUCCUCUGCGAUUUUAGAGCAACUAAGGCAAACAGAAAUUAAGAGUAAUAGUCAUGCCUGGUUAGAAAUUUCAAGGUGAGAAUGCGAUAGAAAAAGAGCACAAGUGACUGUUGUACGUGUUUUUAAAAAAAACCGUGGUUGUAUUUAUGCAAGAUUAAGGUGGAUAUGUGCCUAUUCUGGCAUCGGACCAGUUUUAGGCCAGUUCAGGUAAAUGAUGUGAUAAACAGAGACACUCGCCCUUCUCCUAUCUGUCAAAUUUUACUAACAUCAUCAGUGCCAGAAAGGCCAAUUAAAAUUUAAAAGCGUCGUUUGUGAGAAAACAGCUCGAGCUCGUCAUUAAGCGUUCUUUUCGUAGACGCGCCAACGUUGUUUAUUCUCAAAUAGCGGAGAGGGUAACUUCGUUGCCCGGGUUAAAACUCGUCUCUAGCGAGAAAACUGUUUUAGUCAGAAUUCACUCAAGCGUGGUAAUUAUUCCAAAGCCACGUGGCAUGUGGGCCAGCCCCCGUUUCUUCUUUCAGCCAAUCAGCUACCAGUAUUUGCCGGUAUCUUUAGUGACAUGUGACUAGACCCGGCUGGUUUUCUGUUCCCACUCACACUUACUCAAGAACAACAUUUCAUUGAUUCGUUCCCUAUGCAAGGGAAAACAUGGGCUCUCCCGAGCAUUUGGUGUGUUUUCACUGCACUGUCACAAGAUUGCCGUCAGGGGAAUCGGACGCCGAGGAGGAAACCAUCUCAGAGAUUUCGUGGGUUGUCGUCGACGUGAAAUCCAAUCAGGUAAAAAAAAUUUUCUUGCGGUAACUUGUUAUGGAUUGUGUAAGCUACGUUGGGGUUUCCCUUGUCGGACGCGAGAAAAAUUUUCUCAAGGGCUCUGGGGGCGAUACGGAGUUAGAACAAUAUAUUGUUGAUUUUUAUCCUAACGCUGUGUUCAUUUAUGCCGAAUUAGCCUGGUUCCGUGCAUAGAUGUGUUGUGAAAUCGGGCCUGUCUGGAGCGAACGAAGCGUUAAAACAACCCACCAACAAAUCGCUUGUGACCAGUGAAGCUCAACAGCUCGGGGACGCGUUAGAAAAGGUAACGUUACCAGUAGUGUGUAUUUAAUCCAUCAUUUCCGUUCACCCUUUGUUCGAUCAACAACAAGACACGAAAAAUGUCGAUGUUAAAAUACUCCGUUCUCUAUUGCUGCUGACGUUAUCCCGUCUUCGGAAGAGCGCUUUAAGGCCGAGGAACAGAGGAGGCGAAUUUUCAAGACGUAUAUGUCAUGUAAAAUUCAUACAUGUUUCAUUGGCGUGUUGUGAUCGCUUGAACAGUCCUCAAUCACAUAGACACAAUGACAACCAGCAAAGGCCGAAGAAGUUUCACCAAAUUUAUGUUUUGAUCGCUCGACGGGGUAGGAGAAUACAUGCUUUUUGUACAUUCGGCAUUUCAAAUGUGAUCUCCCUGGUAAACAGGGGAGACGGGUCACACGACAGGAAUUGGCCGCGAGUUUAAUUCAAGACGGUGCCGUUCGAAAUUAAUUCUCGAAAGAAGUAGAAAUAAAAUAUCUUUAUAACCGCGCUGAAAUGAAAUAUUUAAAAGGCAAACAGUUAAUUCUAACAAGCUUUUAUUCUUGAGGUUUUUGCGAAGUAAAUAUGUCCAAGAUCAGAGAUUGUAUCGUUGGUUGCGGCACUAGGGCAAGUGGGAAUGCGACGCAAGUGAUGUACGUAAGGGGCCUACUUUCUCUCGCCCAAGACAACACUGUGUGUAUCGGAUAUUCCAAAAAAUUUUGUAAAUAUUCUUAUCUGGUCUUUUGUUGAACUUUCGUAUACUUGUGUGGCCAUGCAUAUUCCCAUAGUUUCCGAGUCGCCAGGCGUCUGUUUGUUAUAAAUCUCGGUUUUUAUUUUACAUUCUCUCUCUAAAACCCCCCUACGCAAGAGAUAUUAUUUUCUCUACCGCUUUCGUAUACAAUAUUCAUGAUCCUUAUCGGCAGUUUAGAAAGAAAGUGUUAAUACAGGUCUCUCUUUGGGCCAAUGAAAUAUUUGCUCGUACAAAUUCGUGUUUGGAUGAUUUUUUUGUCGUUUCCCCGGAAAUGUAGGGAAACCCAAGAUUUAAAAUGUGCUCACAAGGUUGGAUAGAAAUGGUUCCCAAGGUUAAAAACUGAAGAUUCGCAUCGGGUCAAGAACUGAAGAACACCUCCACCGAUCGUUCGAUAUCAUGUGUUUCCCUCGCGAUCGCGUCUAAUCUCGUCCCAAAAUAAAUCUCAAGUCUUAACUGAUUGUUUCUGGAGUGUCACGUAAAUGCCCGUCCGCCUAUUAGCCCAAAACAACACUUUCCUCUCGCACGCGUGUUCUUAAGUCUUAAUUGACUAAAUUCUCGUUAGGAAAAUUCAAUCAAGUAAUCUAUGAGGAUUUUUUAAUCGCUUGGUUGCCGCGUGCUAAAAAAUUUGCAUCGGACCGAAACAUUAGUGAUCUCAAAUGCUUGAAGGGGCGGCUGUAUUGUUUUGUGAACAAAACCUAGACACUUCUAUUUCCCUUUGGUAUUCUUUAAAGAACAACAAGAAUGUGCGGACGUCCAGGUUCUUCUGUAAAUAGCGCACUGCGUGAAAUUUCUUUGUCCCGCCAUUGUUUUGUGACUGCAAUUGUGCCUAACAGGAAACCCCUUAAAAUAUGUCAACAUGGCGUGAUUGGCAGCUAGUCUUGUCAGGGAGAAGAGGCUAUUGGUUGCUUGUGUUGAUAUAUCAGUGUUUCUUCGUUGUGUUUCUUUUGUCCCAAAAUAUGCUGAAGAACUUUGUGUGAUGUGAUUAAUUUUUCACCAGCUCAUUCUAAUUUGGCACAGGUUUUAUCUUCUCAGAAUGACUAAACCUAAAUUUUAUUGCUAUAAGACCUAAUUUAUAAUUAAUUUUUAGGAAAUUGUUUUACUUUAUCUAUUUUUUUAUUGCUUUACAUUUCUAUAUUUUGACAUCUGCAAAACGUUUCUUCUGUUAAUGAUUAAAAACUCUGAUAGUGAUAUCCUUUACCAAAUGAAUGAUAGUCAGCUGUAAAUGAAAAGCCUUGGCUUAUUUCCAUAAUAUGUAGACACCUCGUCUGUGGAAAUAAUUUUACACCUCUGAAUAAAUGAAGGCACAGUUUGUUUCACAAAUGCAUUUAAAUGCAGACUAGUAUUUCUUUUGGGUCCAUUUACAACAUAUCUAUCAGCAUUUUGUUGUCUAGUAUUCAUUGCAAAUGAAAUUCUCUUGUCUUGGCUGACCAGCUAAAGUUGCUGCCAUAUUCCUUCUUAAAUUAUCACCAUAGUAAUCUUUGCUUAAUAUUUGAAAUAUGUGAAUAUCUAAAAAAAAAAAAAAUCCAGAAAGAGGUUAUAGUUCUCACCUUAUUGAAGUCCACUCAUAAUGAACUAUUGUAGUUUGUGUAACAAUGUGAUUGCUGGUGAUGUAAAUUUUUAUGUUCAAAUGGAGACUCCUUGUUGCUUGGUUUUCCAUUGGCUCAUUGUUCAAAAGGAUACUGUGGUGUAAUUUGUUUCUUUUUCACAGCUGUGUUUGGGGCAUUUUAAUCCAGACUGUUUCAGAAAGCUGUUCCCUUUCCACAGUUCUAAUCGGAGCAUUUUGAUUUGGGAUGGUUUAGGAAGCUGUUCAAAUGUUUCCUGCUUGUGGCUACAUUUAUUAAGAAAUUUCAGCACCACUUUCUUUGAUGAUGUUGUUAGGGAAAAGCCUUUGGUGAAUAGUUUCUUUGACCCAGUCUGUUUUGUUGUGAGGAUUGCAUUCAAUAAACUUCACUUCAUUCCAAAAAGGGAGGAAUCCUGUGUUAUGAGCAUGCUCUGAAGUGGGGAAGCUUUAGGCAGAUCUGAUACUCCAGUCUUCCUCUCUGAUUUGAUCAUUAGUUCAUGUAAAUCUUGUGGUCUUACCAAUGUCACCUUUACCAGGUUCACAAAUUUAUUAAUUGCACAAUCUAAGUUAACCAAGUCAUUAGCAUCUUUUGGAUUUUAACUGUGAUCUUACUGUGGUCCCCAAGUUAUCAACAGCAGUGUGUGUUGUUGGCAACCAUAAGGUUGCUCAGACAGACCUCUGACAUAGAAUAAAACUGUAAAGGUUUUGAACUCAAUUAUAGGCUUGAAUUUAUUGUUCAUUGUGUUUUCCUGAGGAGUUAUCUGAAAUAGAAAGGGAUGAUAACAUUGAUCUUUUGUAGGAUCCUUUUGACAUCAUUGGUCCAGAACAUAGAUGACUUGCUUAGCCAUAUGCAUUAUUUGAUCCAAAGUCUAUAUUAACUUGCUAUAACUCAUAGUUUUACUUACAAAAUUGAACCAAAAGAAAAGAGUAAAAGUUAAUCAAACUGGUAAAUUUUCUUAUGGAUAUCACAAAGAAAGCUCCCAAAUGCAGAUCUAAAUACAAAGCCACAACCAAGUACACCAACAGACCACAAUACAAAAAAUUAUGAGACUUCAACCUUCUUCACAUGUUGAAAAAUCAUUUUGUUUUUCUAUAGUUUGACAACUUUGUUGAGAAGACAGUGACAUGUUCUGGGGAAAGAUGGAAUCUUGUGACAGAUGGACAGUUUCCAUUAAGACAUUACCUCCAUUUGGAAGCUAGUAGAAAGAAAACCAAAUUGUCUCAACAUUUCUACAGCUUUUACGAUCUUAGGAAGGAAGUCAGAAAGGCACUGAAGCAUGAUUCAGACUAUAGAAGCCUUGAGGAAGUGGCUUCAGGUAUCCUUAUCUUACAUUUAACUCAGUGUGUUUUUGUUAUAACCUUAUUUGUCAUUAUAAUAUUUUUCCAUGAACCAAAAAGAGGGGGGGAAUAAAGUGAAAAGUUCCAAAUUAUCAAUCCCUCUCUUCAUGCCUAGGACAAGGCAGCCUUUGCCCCAGCAGCUGUUCAAAGGAGUGGUGGUGGUUUGACAGUAAUCUUUUAAGUUUUUAAUUAUAAGCAAAGAAGGCCAUCUUAAAAAUCCUACUUUAUUUUAUUCAAAGUGAUUUUAAUAAAGGGCGUAAUUACAGGAUAAAUGCAGCCUAGUGAACCUUUGGAGUUGACCCUUCUGGGAUCCAUGUAUGUAAAAAAGGAAUUAGGAAGGGCGAAACAGUAAUUAUCAAUCAGCUUUAAAUAAAGACAGCAGGCAACAUAAGCUAAAUGGAAAACUGUCUUAUAAAUGACUAAAACAAAGAAGGCUUGUUAUCUUAAGGGAAUAAUAAGGAAGGUCAAGCCCUCUACUACAAGGAGUCAUUGUGACUCAUUAAGACAAUUCAUCAUUCAAAGUGUUGUAGCAUUUACACAGGAAUGCUUUCAAGCUGGUAUUCCCUUUAUCACUUAAAGUUGGAUAUUUUCAGUGUUUGUUUUAAUCUGCAUUUCAACUGGUGUCAAGAAAUUGAUAUCAAGCUUAAAUGGCUGUUUUCCUAGGUCAAAUGAAACUGUGCAAAGACAUAGUUUUUGUCAAACAUUUGCAUGGGUAAUCGAUUAUUUUAUGCAAUUUGGAAUAAAUUAGCAAAAGUUAAUUAUCUUAAGACAAGGUAAAAUGAAAGGCUGAAAAUGAGAAAUCAUGUAAAUUCUUGAUACUGAUUUACAUUUUGUUUCAACAUUCUGCACUCAAUUUCAACUUUUUGCUUUGAAUUUUAACUUUCUAUACUGCUCUGAUUAAUUGAAAUGCUCUCAGUCUAUAAGAAAGCCAUAAUUUGAUCAGCUCUGAAAUUACAUUAUUUGGCCAAGUUUCCUUUACGUUGAUCUCAGAUUGUAGAAUUGAUGCUAAUAACAACAGUCCAGCGGGUCUGGAACACUGUAAACUCAUGGCAAGUGUGGUUCAGUAUCUUGUUACAGAAGGUAAGCUCACAAAAUCUUUUGAUUAGAUGCAAUAAAGUGUGUCAGUAGAAAUUCUUGCUCUUAUAGGAGGUUUUACAUCAAAAUUGAAAGUAGAGGAACCUGAUUAUUUCCACUUUUAUUGCGAUAUUCUGUUCUGUGAGUUUCAUAUUUUAGUUUUUAAUUAUAUUGGAAUGCUUGAUUUAAUAUUUUGGGAAUUUGGGUUCUAACUUAGAUGAGUAUUAUAUUUUGCCCUUAAGACUUGAAAACUAUAUUUUAGUACAAAGCAGAAUAUACUUUUUGUAAUUUUAGAUGUACAUGCAGAUUGAGAAAAAUGCGUCUACUUUUAAUUCUUUUUAAAAAAGAUUUACAAUUAAAAAACGGUUUGUGAGAACUAGAACCUUCACAAGGUUGUAAGUUGUGGAUCAUCUUUAAUCCCAAUAAUAAAAAUAACUAUUCAAGCAAGAGGUAAAAAGUUAUCUUGAAAAUAUUUGAACUGUGUCAUGGAGACAAAAAAAUGCCAUGCACAUAUCAGCUAAAUUUUUAGGACACAUGCAACAGUAUAUCUUUGUGGUCUAAGUCCAUCACUUUGCAGUUAAUGGUUAUCCUGCUUAACUUUUGUUAUUAUUCCUUUUGGACUAGCAGUAAGAAAAAUUUGCAUCACUUUGUGAAAGAAAAAUUUCACUAUAUUGUUGUUUAAGCCUAUGGUUGGCUAAGAUUGGCCCUCUCUUUUGUUUGAGAACUGAGUAAUUUAUUUGUCAUUUAAAACACAAACCCAACCCCGCAUUAUUUUAAGAACUUUGGAGACAAUUACCAGAAUUCCUGUUCAAUUUCUUCGAUAAAGUUUGUCCAAACUCUUGAUUUCUUCACACACAUUAAUUAUCAGAACAAUUUUGUGUCAUGGUAGCACUAAAUAAAACAGACUUUACUUUCUCAACACAUUCUCUGUACUGAAGAGAGCUAUGUUCACAUUAUUUUAGGUCACAAAUUUAAGGAUCCAGAAAAGAUCAGUUCCAAGUAUGAGCCAGGAGCAUGGUAUGGUGCUUCUUUACGAACAAAAAAGUUGGUACCUCAAUAACAUUUUUAAUCUUGCCUUUAGUAACAUUUUAAUAAUGUCGACAUAUGAAACCAUUCAAGGUGAUUCAGUCAAAUCUAUUUACAAUUCUGUAUGGUAAUAUAACAGUUCAUUGUGUGACUGUAAUUCCUACCAAAUAACACUUUAAAAAAGAGCAGCCCCUACAAAGUCAAUUAUUCACAGUCUUCCCAAUGUCAAGGAUUUAUUAAUUAUAGGAAUUUUAUGAUUCAAUCUUUACAUUUUUAAGGACUUUCAUAAACAAAAUGUUAGGAAAAUAAUCAAAAAAGAUUACUGGAGGACUAUUGUAAGCAAAUCUUAACAAGGUUUUUUUUUCUUUGAUACAUUAAAAACCUUGUGCAUUAUGUGAAUGAUAUAACAUGAGGCAGUUAGAAGCUAUAGGUGUUAGGUUAAUUGCAUCUAUCCACUAACAUUUGGCUUGCAAACAUAGCUGAUUUUGUGGUUCCUUUUCUCUGCCCUCAAAAUGAGGAGGAAUGGGAGCUAGAGUUCCAUGGUACAAUCACCUUAGUCAAUCUUUAGGAUUUUGUGUCACAAUUUAUUUUACCACCUGUGGUUGCAAAUGUUAUUUAUUGAGCUUAGAGAGGCAACAGCCACAAAUACCACUGUGUUUGCAAGGUAGCUCACAUGGUAACUUUUAUUGUUCUUUUCUAUCAUCUUUAUUGCUGUGCAACCUUAAAUUUAAAAAUUUUCAGAAAAGAUGUUUUAUAUGAGUAGUGAUAUCCUUUUGUCAAUCUUUAGAAACCUCUCACCAGAAUCAGUAAUGUUAUUGAAAUCUUUUACCUAGUAUAAAUACCAAUGUGACUUAAGUUAUAACACUGUUGUGAUUCAUGGAGAUUUAUCUCUAACUGAGUUUUGAAUCUAACAUCAGCUAGCAGUAAAAUUGGCUGCCAAAAAGUUCAGAAAGUGUGUAACUUUUCCAUUAAUAGAGGCUUAACCACUGAAAAUUCUACUUACAGUCUUGGGCCUGUACUUGAUGAUACAAUCAUAAGAGCAAGGGGGCUUCCAUGGCAAGCAUCUGAUCAGGAUGUUGCAAAUUUCUUUAAAGGACUUAAUAUCGUAAGGUAUGUGGUGUUACCAUUGAACAGGGAAACAAACCAUUGAUAACCAUUUCUUAGUACAAUAAUUCUUGAUAAAUCAAUUAAUAUUUACCAAAUAUUCAUUAUUUACUUUAUUGAAAUUAACUCUCUAAAUUCCUGAAAACGAUAAGUAUUGCCUUUUUUCCAUGGGCACCACAUGAAAUCUUGAGUAAAGUGUAGAAAGAGUGAUCAAUAAUACAAGCAUGUUACCAUUUCAGCAUGUGAACUCAUACAACCUCAACUUAUCCCUAUUCCUUAUCUUGACAAGGAGUCAAGUUGCUCCCCAGGUUGGGAAGUUAGUUGCACUUUAAGAUACACAGGCACUGUUAAAAGAUAAUUAUGACUUUCUAGGAACACAUUCUGCAACCAGAUGUAAAAUUGAUUUCUUGGAGUGUUUUUGUUGUUGAUAGAGGUGGGAUAGCAUUUUGUUUAAAUGCACAAGGAAGAAGAAAUGGUGAAGCAUUCAUCAGGUUUGAGAAAGGGGAACACAGAGAAUUUGCAUUGAAAAGACACAAACAUCACCUUGGUACAAGAUACAUUGAGGUGAGAGGUGACAGACAUGAAUUGUUUCCUUUACAUCCUUCUUGUGUUUACAUAAUUUUAAAAAAACAUGCUCAUUGACCUUGCUUAAAGAGACCACACAUUUAGAUAAACUUGGAAUCUUCCUUGGGGAUUGAUUUUGGACUUAUUUCACAACACCAUUAGUUCAUGGUAAACAAAGUACUGAAGAUCAAGCAAAAUAAAGCAUUGAGAAAAAAUGUGAAAUUUUCAGUAUAUUUGAAUAACAAAUAAUUUUGAAAUCUGACUCACAAGAUUGAAGGAGUAUUUCCUAAUACACAAACCAAACAGUAAAAUACACCAAACUCAUGAGCCAUCCUGUUUUAACUUGAUCUUUAUCAAUGUCAAUGUCAUUGCAUUGGUUCAUGUAAUUAGGCCCCUUUUUAUACCUUACUUUUCUGUUUCACUCUUUGGAAGAGCAUAUUUUAACUAAGAUUUUUAUUCAGGUUUACAGAGCAACUGCACAAGAUUUCCUUAAGAUAGUGAAAGGUAAUCUACUUUCAUAUGACCUUUCAAUACCAGAUUACUCAAAUUGAAAUAUAAUUCAUGUUGUGAUUGGGGCUACACUAAGUUGAACAACCAAAAUUCUUAUAAAAUGCCCGGAAACUGCUUACCAAUAUCUUUUGAGAAUAAUGGAGGUAAGCCUUGACAGACUAGCACCCUAUCCCAGUAAAAUUAAAAUGUUCCUAGUCACUUCAUGCUACAGAAAUAGGGAUGCAGUCAGGUGUUGAUUGAGCCAUAAGGAUUAGGAGCAGAUUUUACCUUUUUCACCACCUUUUUCAAAAAAUAUUUUGGAGUACAUAAAAAGCUUUUAAUUCAGGGCUAUUCUACUCAUUCUGUUGAAAGGUUAUAUUUUACCAAUUUCCUUGUUUUGUUUAUCCCCAUUAACUGACUUAUUUAUACAUAUAGGUCCUGUUGAUGUCACCCAGAUUGCUGCUAACUUUGUAUCAAACAAAGCUGAUGUGAUCAUUAGAAUGAGAGGACUUCCAUUCAACUCAAAAGAGAGUGAUGUGGUGAGUGUUCAGGAGUGAAUUAUUGACAUCUGAUACAUGUAGUCUCACUUUCUUGUAUGUGUUAUGACUAUGUAUUGAUAUAUUUUGCAUUUCUUUUUCCUAUUUUUUCCCUUGUGUAGAUUGAAUUUUUUGAGGAGGAUGCACCAGUAUUCAAAAGUGAUGAAGGAAUUCUCAUUGUUAGGAACAACUUUGGGAAGGCUACUGGAGAUGCAUUUGUUCUUUUUGAGACAGAGGAACAUGGCCAUGCAGCAUUGAGGAAGCACAGAUGCAUGCUUGGCUCCCGUUAUGUUGAGCUGUUCCGAAGUUCACAAAGUGAGGUUCAGCAAGUUCUAAACUCUUACAGCAAUCUAAUGCACAAUUUUCCACCAAUCAUGUUUCCACCCUUGCCACAUCAUCCUCCCUUUCACCCUCCCUUCUUAAUUCCUGGGCUGGGUGUAAAUGGUAUGAACACCAAAGACUGUCUGCGCUUACGAGGGUUGCCGUUCUCUGCAACAGUACAAGAUGUAUUAGACUUCCUAAAGGAACAUGCUGCAUUUGUAGUUCCUGGUGGAGUUCACAUGGUGUACAACACUCAGGUGAGAUGGGUUGUGUAAUGCUUUAAAAAGAAAUUAGUCUCAUUUUCUGAUAACUGUAGUUGCUGAAACAAGUAGCUGUCAAAAGUCUUUUUCUAUCUUACAUAUUAAGAGCUGGUGAAGCAGAUUCAAAACUGCUUUUUUAGAAACUUCAUUAAUAUUCCCUACUCUUGUUCCUCUUCUCCAUGGCUCCUCCAUAGUUAUCCCUCGAAUCUUCAGAAAUGAGAAUAAAUUAUUGUAGUGAGGGGCUUGAGCACAAGUAAAAAUUUCACCUCUCAGUAUGACUGGUAAAUGUUCUGUUAUGAUUAUUUAAAGGGUCGCCCCUCUGGAGAUGCAUAUGUCCAGUUAGUAUCACCUGAAUGUGCAAAAUCUGCCACCACGGACUUGCACAGACAACACAUGGGAGAGCGAUACAUUGAAGUGUUUCCCUGCUCAGGAGUAGAUAUUGCUGCAAUUAUAACCAGCAGUACAAUGAACCAAAACAAGAUGACCUCACCCAAUAACACCCCCUACAGCCAUCCAUGUUCAUACCCCAUGACCAAUGGUGUGGUCACCAGCCCUAAUGGGACACAUAUGAAUGGACACACAGACACUGUUGGAGCUGCUACAUCAGCUUGUCGCAGUCCCACAGGAUUGUAUGUACCUCAUUCACCCACAUACUUCAACUGCAUUAUACCUCAAAAUGGCAUUGGUGGAGGGAAUGUGAGUUAUUAUCCACCUGCCAGUGCAAAUUUUAGGAUGCGCAUGUCACCAUAUUUGCCACAGCCCUAUGAAGUGAUGCCUCUCUUUCAAGGAUACCAGGUAGGCUAG